AUGGAUCGUUUGCAAUGCUAUAUGAUGCAGACUGCAAUUGGAGCAAUCCUACUAGUUCAUUUGAAAGGUUCGAACUCUCUGGACGAAGGACUAGCAGGGCUUGUAGUGGUGCUAGUGUGUUUGUUUGUUAUGUCCUUUGCAUGGUCAUGGGGUCCUCUUGGUUGGUUGAUACCCAGCGAAACUUUUCCUCUGGAGAUAAGAACUUCCGGGUUUGCAUGUGCAGUGAGCUCCAACAUGCUCUUCACCUUCAUCAUUGCUCAGGCAUUCUUGUCGAUGAUGUGCCACAUGCGUGCCUUCAUAUUUUUCUUCUUUGCUGCUUGGAUAGUGGCCAUGGGGUUGUUCGUGUUAUUCCUCUUGCCCGAGACGAAGAAUGUGCCGAUUGAUGCCAUGGUUGAGAGGGUGUGGAAGCAGCACCCGGUCUGGAAGAGAUUCAUGGAUGAUUAUGAUGGUAAAGAAGACGUAAAAAAUGUUGGGAUGAUCAUAUGACGAUUGCACAGAAAAAUAUUUUCUUUUUCGCCACAAAUGUGGG